AUGACACCGUAUACAGUCUCCCUAAUCUUCGCGCUUUUGCUGGCUGGCGCCCUAGCCCAGACAAAGGAUCUCAGGCCUCACGGUCUGGACCUCAUCCGCCUCCUCACGGAGAAGCCAUGGCUCAUCCGCAGACCAGAACAGAAUAUCGGCUACCGUGUCAACGAAAUUGACUGGAACGAUGUUAGAAAUGACGAUGAACUGAGGGCGAUGUCGGAGAAGCGGUCAGCGGUAGCGACAGCGCUGAACGGCCGCCGCCGCCGCCAGCCGACGCCCGCCCUCGGUGUUCUGAACGACGUGGGCUCGUUCCUGGACUCCCUCCGCGAUAACCUGGAGACCCUCGCUUCCCUCUCCCCGGAGCAGCGGUCCACGCUGUUCCAGGAUCCACCCACUGUUGUACAUGCGUCUUCUGUUGGCGGUGGUGGAAGCGGCAUGAGGCGACUGCACGCGCUUCGUCCCCUACGUCCAACUGGUAAUAUCAGAUCUUACAACCGCAGAUCGGGUGCGGAGGCCUACGGAGUCUACCCGGGGGCGAACAGCCACGACCCAGGACUGCUGUGGACUGGGCUCGGCCGGUAGGCGGCUUAGGGCUCCGCUAUGUGACUUGCAGACAUGUUACUGUCUAUAGCUGUAAAACGCUUUUUAAACGUAUCCGAAACGACAUGCACAUUAUUUUUCGUAUAGUUUGUUGUUGAGUUCGUAAAUGU